AUGUCAGAGUCACCAACUCCAAGCGCCGCGCUGGACUAUUCCACGCUACACAGCAGUUUGGCUCCUCAUUUUCUUGGAUUGAACUCUGUAGCAAAAGCUGAACCAUCAAAGGUUACCGAUUUCGUUAAAUCACACCAAGGACACACAGUUAUAAGCCGUAUCUUAAUUGCAAAUAAUGGUAUUGCCGCUGUUAAGGAAAUAAGGUCCAUCAGAAAGUGGGCAUAUGAAACAUUUGGCGAUGAAAGAGCAAUACAAUUUACGGUAAUGGCUACCCCAGAGGAUUUGGAAGCGAAUGCAGAGUACAUCAGAAUGGCAGACCAAUUUGUCGAAGUCCCAGGGGGCACAAACAAUAAUAACCAUGCCAAUGUCGAUUUGAUUGUUGAUAUUGCCGAAAAUACCGACGCCCAUGCAGUCUGGGCAGGUUGGGGUCACGCAUCAGAAAAUCCACUUUUGCCAGAAAGGUUGGCAGCAUCACCUAAAAAAAUUGUAUUUAUCGGACCACCAGGGUCCGCCAUGAGAUCUUUGGGAGAUAAGAUUUCAUCCACCAUUGUUGCACAACACGCUGAUGUUCCAUGUAUCCCUUGGUCUGGAACAGGUGUUGACGAGGUCGACGUAGACCCAGAAACUAACUUGGUGUCUGUUUCUGAUGAUGUUUAUGCAAAAGGUUGCUGUACAAGCCCUGAAGACGGAUUGGAAAAGGCAAAACAAAUUGGAUUCCCUGUUAUGAUUAAGGCCUCUGAGGGUGGUGGUGGUAAAGGUAUAAGAAAAGUUGAAAGUGAGGAGAAUUUCAUCACCUUGUAUAAACAAGCUGCAAAUGAAAUCCCAGGAUCGCCAAUUUUUAUUAUGAAGCUUGCAGGAAGUGCCAGACAUUUGGAGGUUCAAUUGUUGGCAGAUCAAUAUGGAACAAAUAUCUCCUUGUUUGGUAGAGACUGUUCUGUCCAAAGAAGACACCAAAAGAUUAUAGAAGAGGCUCCUGUUACCAUUGCUAGAAAAGAGACAUUUACUGAAAUGGAAAAGGCAGCUGUCAGAUUGGGUAAGCUAGUUGGUUACGUUAGUGCAGGUACUGUUGAGUACUUGUAUUCCCAUGCCGAAGACAAGUUUUACUUUCUUGAGUUGAACCCAAGAUUACAAGUUGAACAUCCAACUACCGAAAUGGUUACUGGUGUCAAUUUACCCGCAGCCCAGUUACAAAUAGCCAUGGGUAUCCCUAUGCACAGAAUCAGAGACAUUCGUACCCUUUACGGUGCUGAUCCUCAUUCUGCCACCGAGAUUGAUUUUGAAUUUAGUACUGAAAAUGCAGUUGUCAGUCAAAGAAGACCAUCUCCAAAGGGCCACUGUACUGCUUGCCGUAUCACAUCCGAAGAUCCUGGUGAAGGGUUCAAACCAAGUGGUGGUUCCUUACACGAAUUGAACUUUAGGUCGUCGUCCAAUGUUUGGGGAUACUUUUCAGUUAGUAAUCAAUCGUCUAUCCAUUCAUUUUCGGACUCCCAGUUUGGUCACAUUUUUGCCUUUGGUGAAAACCGUCAAGCAUCAAGAAAACAUAUGGUGGUAGCUUUGAAGGAAUUGAGUAUUCGUGGUGAUUUCAGGACUACUGUUGAGUAUUUAAUCAAGUUGUUGGAAACUCCAGAUUUUGAAGAAAAUACCAUCACCACUGGGUGGUUGGAUGAAUUAAUUACCAAAAAGUUGACUGCUGAGAGACCUGAUCGUACUGUUGCCAUUGUUUGUGGUGCUGUAACCAAGGCACACAUUCAAGCACAAGAAGAAGAAACCGAGUAUAUCCAAUCAUUGGAGCGUGGUCAAGUGCCUCAUAAAAACUUGUUAAAGACAAUCUUCCCAGUGGAAUUCAUUUAUGAAGGCGAAAGGUUUAAAUUCACCGCUACAAAGUCUUCAUAUGACACUUACACUUUGUUCCUCAAUGGAUCAAGUUGCACUGUUGGUGCUCGUCCCUUGUCUGAUGGAGGUUUGUUGUGUGCAUUGGGUGGAAAAUCACACGCUGUUUAUUGGAAAGAGGAAGCAGCAGCUACAAGAUUAUCAGUGGACGGAAAGACAUGCUUGCUUGAAGUUGAAAAUGAUCCAACACAAUUGAGAACUCCAUCUCCUGGAAAAUUGGUAAAGUAUUUGGUUGAAAGUGGCGACCAUGUUAAUGCUGGUGAUACUUUUGCCGAAAUCGAGGUUAUGAAAAUGUGCAUGCCCUUGGUGGCUCAAGAAAAUGGUGUUGUUCAAUUAAUAAAACAACCAGGGUCAACAGUCAAUGCAGGUGACAUGCUCGCCAUUUUGGCUUUGGAUGACCCAAGCAAGGUCAAGCACGCCAAACCUUUUGAAGGAACUUUGCCAGAAAUGGGUUCGCCAAAUGUACGUGGCUCGAAACCAGCUCACAAAUUUAAUGACUAUGCAGCAAUUUUAAAGAAUAUUUUGAAUGGGUACGACAAUCAAGUUAUUAUGAAUGCAACUUUGAAAAAAAUUGUUGACGUUUUGAAAGAUAAAGAGUUACCUUACUCUGAAUGGCAACAAUGUAUUUCGGCAUUACACUCCAGAUUACCAUUAAAGUUGGAUGAACUUUUGGUCACUUUGAUUGACAGAACUAGAUCUAGAAAUGCCGAUUUCCCAGCUCGUCAAAUUUUGAAAUUGAUUAGCAGAGCUGUUUCUGAAGACGCAGGUUUGAAGGAUAUCGUUGCACCUUUGGUCAGCAUAGCAACGAGAUACGAAAAGGGUUUGGUGGAACAUGAGUACGAUUUCUUUGCGUCCUUGAUUGAUGACUACUACAAUGUUGAAAGUUUAUUUGUGGAUCCUAAAGUCAGAGAAGAUGACGUGAUUUUGAAAUUGAGGGAUGAAAACAAGUCUGAUUUGAAGAAAGUUAUUGAAAUUUGCUUAUCACAUUCAAAAGUGUCAGCCAAGAAUAACUUGAUCUUGGCUAUACUCGAGGAAUACCAACCAUUAUUGCAAUCCAACUCGUCAGUUGCCAUGUCAAUCAGAAACUCCUUGAAGAAGUUGGCUCUGUUGGACUCUCGUGGUUGUGCCAAAGUUGCUUUAAAAGCCAGAGAGAUUUUGAUACAAUGCUCAUUACCUUCAAUCAAGGAGAGAUCAGACCAAUUGGAACAUAUUUUGAGAUCAUCUGUAUUACAAACAUCAUAUGGUGAAAUGUAUGCUAAACACAGAGAGCCUAAUUUGGAUAUCAUUCAAGAGGUUGUCGACUCCAAGCACAUUGUUUUCGAUGUCUUGUCGCAAUUCUUUGUAAACACCGAUGAGUGGGUAGCCAUUGCUGCUGCCGAGGUUUAUGUGAGACGGUCAUAUCGUGCUUAUCAAUUGAGUGAAAUCAAGUACGACUUCCACGACCAAUUGCCAAUAAUUGAAUGGAAAUUCAAGUUGCCCAACAUUGCCAAUUCGAGGUUUAACGCGAUCCAGCAGCCUGCCACAGAGGAGGAGGAAAGUUCAGCAAUGAAGUAUUCCGCAUCCGUAUCAGAUUUGUCCUUUGUUGUUGAUUCCAAGACCGACCAAAUGGAGAGAACAGGUGUUUUGGUUCCUUGCAGACAUCUCGAUGACGUGGAUGAGAUGUUGAGUGCUGCCUUGGAAAAGCUUCAACCUAGUGAUGCAUUAACUUUCCAAACUGGAGAAGAGCAGACUGAGUUGCUCAAUGUACUCAAUGUUGUGGUCAACAGCAUCGAUGGCUAUGCCGAUGAGAAGGAGUGUUUGCAAAGGGUCAACGAUAUUUUAGCAGAGUACAAGGAAGACUUGGUAAAGGCUGGAGUUCGUCGUAUAUCUUUUGUACUUGCCCACCAAGUUGGAUCUUAUCCAAAAUACUACACAUUCACUGGUCCCGAAUAUGAAGAGAACAAAGUUAUCAGACAUAUUGAACCCGCUUUGGCUUUCCAGUUGGAAUUGGGAAGAUUAGCAAACUUUGAUAUCAAGCCGAUAUUCACCAACAAUAGAAACAUUCAUGUUUACGAAGCCGUUGGUAAGAAUGCACCUUCUGACAAGAGGUUUUUCACCAGAGGUAUCAUUAGAACCGGUGUCAUAAAAGACGACAUUAGCAUUUCUGAAUACUUGAUUGCCGAGUCGAACCGAUUAAUGAGUGAUAUUUUGGAUACCUUGGAAGUUGUUGAUACAUCCAAUUCAGACUUGAACCACAUCUUUAUCAAUUUUUCAAAUGUUUUCAAUAUUCAGCCAGCUGAAGUUGAAGCAGCAUUUGGCUCAUUUUUGGAAAGGUUUGGUAGAAGAUUAUGGAGGUUGCGUAUUACUGGUGCGGAAAUAAGAAUUGUAUGUGCUGACUCCAAAGGUAACGCCCUCCCGCUUCGUGCUAUUAUUAACAAUGUUUCUGGUUAUGUUGUCAAGUCAGACCUUUAUUUGGAGGUGAAGAAUGCCAAAGGUGAUUGGGUAUUCAAAUCAAUUGGUCAUCCAGGACCUAUGCAUUUGAGGCCUAUCUCAACCACAUACCCUGUCAAGGAAUCUUUGCAACCAAAACGUUACAAGGCACACAAUAUGGGUACUACCUAUGUUUACGACUUCCCUGAGCUUUUCCGUCAAGCAACACUUUCUCAAUGGAAGAAGCAUGGUCAAAAAGCGCCAGAAGACGUUUUCACCUCGUUGGAAUUGAUACUGGACGACAAUGGUGGAUUGACUGCUUUGGAAAGAGAUCCUGGAUCAAACAAAAUUGGCAUGGUUGGAUUCUUGGUGACUGCAAAAACCCCGGAAUACCCACGUGGACGUCAAAUUGUCAUUGUUGCUAAUGACAUCACCCACAAGAUUGGUUCAUUUGGUCCAGAGGAGGACAGGUUUUUCAACAAGUGCACUGAACUUGCUAGAGAAAAAGGUAUUCCUAGAAUUUAUUUAUCUGCAAACUCGGGAGCAAGAAUUGGAAUUGCAGAAGAGUUGAUUCCAUUGUUCCAAGUUGCUUGGAAUACCGAGGGAAAGCCUGAAGAUGGAUUCAAGUAUUUGUACUUGACACCAGAGGCAAAGCACGCUAUUGAUGAAGAUGGUAGAGGCAACACGUUGGUGACUGAAAGAGUAGUUGAAGAGGGACAAGAACGCUAUGUCAUCAAAGCCAUUGUUGGUGCCGAGGAUGGAUUGGGUGUUGAGAGUCUUAAAGGAUCCGGGUUGAUUGCUGGUGCAACCUCAAAAGCCUACAAGGACAUUUUCACCAUUACCUUGGUGACAUGCAGGUCCGUUGGUAUUGGUGCGUACUUGGUGAGAUUGGGACAAAGAGCCAUUCAAGUUGAAGGACAACCUAUUAUUUUAACUGGUGCUCCUGCCAUCAAUAAGAUGUUGGGUAAAGAGGUCUAUUCGUCUAAUUUGCAAUUGGGUGGUACACAAAUCAUGUACAGAAAUGGUGUUUCACAUUUGACUGCGAACGAUGACUUGGAAGGUGUUGAAAAGAUUCUAGAGUGGUUGUCGUAUGUUCCUGCAAAGCGUGGUUUGCCAGUACCAAUUUUGGACUCAAGUGACCAUUGGGACAGAGACGUGGACUAUUUCCCUCCAAAACAAGAGCCAUUUGACGUUAGAUGGAUGAUUGAGGGUAAGCAAACUGAAGAUGGCUUUGAAUCCGGGUUGUUUGAUAAAGACUCUUUCCAAGAAACCUUAUCAGGCUGGGCUAAAGGUGUGGUUGUUGGAAGAGCCAGACUUGGUGGUAUUCCUAUUGGUGUUAUUGGAGUUGAGACCAGAACUGUUGAGAAUUUGAUUCCUGCCGAUCCUGCCAAUCCAAAUUCCACGGAAGCGCUUGUACACGAGGCUGGUCAAGUUUGGCAUCCAAACUCUGCUUUCAAAACUGCUCAAGCAAUCAAUGACUUCAACUACGGUGAGCAACUUCCAUUGAUGAUCAUGGCCAACUGGAGAGGAUUUUCCGGAGGUCAAAGAGAUAUGUACAAUGAAAUUUUGAAGUACGGAUCGUUCAUUGUUGAUGCGUUGGUUGAUUUCAAACAACCAAUUUUCACUUACAUUCCGCCAUUUGGUGAGUUGAGAGGUGGUUCUUGGGUUGUUGUUGAUCCAAGUAUCAAUGAGGAGAUGAUGGAAAUGUACGCUGAUGUUGACUCAAGAGGUGGUGUUUUGGAAGCCGAAGGUUUGGUAAGUAUCAAAUACAGACGUGAUAAAUUGUUGGCCACGAUGGAAAGACUUGAUAAGAAAUAUGCCGACUUGAAGUCUAAAAUGAAUGAUCCUUCCUUAACACCAGAAGAGCAUGCAGAGGUUGGCCGUAAAUUGACUGCUAGAGAAAAGGCUUUGUUGCCAAUUUAUGCUCAAGUUUCAGUCCAGUUUGUUGAUUUGCACGAUAGGUCGGGCCGUAUGUUGGCAAAGGGUGUAAUCAAGGGAGAAGUUAAGUGGACCGAUGCUAGACGUUUCUUCUUCUGGAGAUUGCGCAGAAGAUUGAAUGAAGAAUAUGUGUUGAAUAUGAUUGGUAAUCACCUCAAGACUGCCAACAAGUUGGAGAAGGUAUCGCGUUUGAAGAGUUGGAUGCCAUCGGUUAAUUAUGAUGAUGAUCAAGAGGUUAGUAAUUGGAUUGAAGAGCACCAUAGCAAAUUGUCAAAGAGAUUGGAUGAGUUGAAACACGAAGCUACUAGAGCUGAUUUGAUGAAGUUGAUUGCUAGCGAUUCCGGUGCAGCAUUAGCCACUGUGAAGGAGUAUCUUGAAAAGCUUCCUGAAGAUGCAAAGAGAGAUUUUUUAAAGUCAUUAUAG